AUGGUCAGACCCAUCAUUGCCCCCAGUAUUUUAGCCUCCGACUUUGCCAAUUUGGGUUGCGAAUGUCAUAAAGUGAUCGAUUCCGGUGCAGAAUGGUUGCACAUUGAUGUCAUGGACGGUCACUUCGUCCCUAAUAUCACUUUGGGUCAACCAAUAGUCACCUCUUUACGUCGUUCUGUUCCACGUUCAGGUGCACACUCUGCCUUCUUUGACUGUCACAUGAUGGUCGAAUCUCCAGAGAAAUGGGUCGAGGAUUUUGCUAAAUGUGGUGCUGAUCAAUUCACCUUCCAUUACGAAUCCACCAAGAACCCUCUUGAAUUGGUCAAAUUGAUUAAGAGUCAUGGUAUGAAAGCUGCCUGUGCCAUUAAACCAGGUACUCCCGUGGAUGUCCUAUUUGAAUUGGCCCCACAUUUGGAUAUGGCUCUUGUCAUGACUGUGGAACCAGGUUUUGGUGGUCAAAAAUUCAUGGCUGAUAUGAUGCCUAAAGUGGAAACAUUAAGAGCAAAGUUCCCUCAUAUGAAUAUUCAAGUAGAUGGUGGACUUGGUAAGGAAACGAUCCCACAAGCUGCUAAGGCUGGUGCCAAUGUCAUUGUAGCUGGGACUAGUGUCUUCACGGCCGCCGACCCAGCAGAAGUGAUCUCAUUCAUGAAGGGUGAAGUAGCCAAGGAAUUGACCUCGAAGGGACUAUUGGAUCAAUAA